AUGUCGCAAUCACAACCACAAAUUCCAGAAGUUGGCGAUGAGUUUCCAACAGCAGAAAACUUCAAGGAAGUGGCACAACAAGGUGCUAAGGCAGCGGGUUUUGCCUUUAGCGUUUCAUCAUCAAAAAUGUCAGGUGGUGGAAAAGGUGGCCACACCCCUUUCAUAACUUUGCAAUGUACAAUGGGAGGUACCUACAGAAAUAACCAUAAAAUUAAUGAAGAGACCCGAAAAAGAAAAAAACUCUCAAAGCGUCAAAGCUGUCCUGUUGUUUUACGAGCUGCUUUAAAUGAAAACACCAGAACUUGGGUAGUAACGUCUUCCAAAAGUGUGCAUAAUCAUGAACUACUUAUUCCAUCUCAAAUCCAUUGUCUUCCUCAACAUCGGCACCUCAAUACGGAGCAAAAAGAGUUGGUUCAUAUAAUGCUUAAAAGUGGGGCAUCAACUCGAUCAAUUGCUGAUGCGAUACACUGGAAACAAGUUGCCUAUGCUGAAGAAAUGAAUGAAGUUGAAAAAGCAUUUAAAGAAGUUAGUCAAGCGACAAUGAAAAUACCUUCGAUACCAUUAUCGUUGUCAAUUGACAUGACUAUUAGUAAAGUUCUUUACAAGCUCGAAGAAAAAUAUGAACAUCUCAAUGAUAGUGGGUCAAAAGCCACGUUCUUGCAUAAGCUUGAAGCACUAGUCACUGAAGAAAUUCCAGUCCCAAAGGCACCAUUACAUAAUGUGUCUACUUUGCCUAAAAGACACAAAACUU